GAGAAGCAGAACUUGUUCGUCUCCGCCUGCCUCCCCGCCGCCCGCACAUCCUCUCCCGCGGCGCAUCCGCCCGCCCUCCGGGUCCUGCUCCCCCCGGGCUGGGGCUGGCCCGCCGGCUCCGGCUGGAAGAUUUCCCCGCUCGUUUCCCCUGGAGGGGCUGUGUCGCUGGCGGUGUACCGAGGGGAGGCUCCGUCCCUAAGGCACCCUGCCUCACCCUGCGGGGGAAGGGAGCUGGGUGGGGGCAAGCCAGGAAGGGAGGAUCUCAGUGGCUCUCCUAAAAUCUAUCAGCAGGCUGCGAAGAGGGAAGAGUUUGGCACUUCGCAGGCGAGGCUGGGCUUGUUUUCCCCAGCCGCUGGGGAUGCCGCUGGACUGAGAGCGGUGCGGCCGUGCAAGUUGCGGGGACGGAGCCCCCCUUCCUUCACCGCCCCCCCAGACCGGUCCAGCGCCUUCGGCCCCGGUGGCUCGUCGCUGCCGUCCCGCUAUAUGAGAGCUGGUCCGAGGACAGGGCGGCUCGGCGCCUGCUAGGGCCGCUCUCCGCCGCCACCCCCGGACUUUGCCACCACCGACGACGAGCGGCGCGCACCCCGCACCCCGCAGAGUUGUCUCGGCAGGCUCCGUGCUAUGGCGAGGCUGCGGAGAAGCAAACUAGCCGCUGGAUUUCUAUUACUUUUCCAGUGCCUGAGCGAGCGCUGCCAGCUCGCCGGCGGGGAGACGGCGAGGCAGAGCCGCGGUGUGUUUUAUGAAGUUGUUCCAAGCUUCUCUGGAGUGGAGGAAGAUGUGCGAGUGGAUUCACAUGUAAGCAGCCACAGGUGGAGAAGGCACUCAGAGUCUCUCAAAUCAGUUGACACCAACAGAGCCAGUAUGGGGCAGGAUUCUUCUGAGCCAGGGGGUUUCACGGAUCUGUUGCUUGAAGAAGGACAUGACAACACCACCCAGAUUGAGGAGGAUACAGAUCAUAAUUACUAUACUUCAAGGACAUAUGGCCCAUAUGAUUCUACCAGCCGGGAUUUGUGGGUGAAUAUAGACCAAAUGGAGAAAGACAAAGUAAAGAUUCAUGGGAUCCUUUCCAAUACCCAUCGGCAAGCAGCAAGAGUGAAUCUGUCCUUUGAUUUUCCAUUUUAUGGCCAUUUCCUACGUGAAAUUACUGUGGCAACUGGGGGUUUCAUAUAUACUGGAGAAGUUGUCCAUCGAAUGCUAACAGCUACACAAUAUAUUGCACCCUUAAUGGCAAAUUUUGACCCCAGUGUGUCAAGAAAUUCAACAGUCAGAUACUUUGAUAAUGGCACAGCACUAGUUGUCCAGUGGGACCAUGUACAUCUGCAGGAUAAUUACAACCUGGGCAGUUUCACUUUUCAGGCUACCCUUCUCAGUGAUGGGCGUAUCAUUUUCGGCUACAAAGAAAUUCCUGUUGCUGUUUCACAGAUAAGUUCAACCAACCACCCAGUGAAAGUAGGACUCUCAGAUGCAUUUGUGGUUGUGCACAGGAUCCAGCAAAUUCCCAAUGUCCGUAGAAGAACAAUUUAUGAGUACCACAGGGUGGAGCUACAAAUGUCAAAGAUUACCAAUCUCUCAGCUGUUGAAAUGAUACCUCUUCCAACUUGUCUCCAGUUUACCAGCUGUGGUCCCUGUGUCACUGCCCAGAUUGGAUUCAACUGCAGCUGGUGCAGUAAACUCCAAAGAUGCUCCAGUGGAUUUGACCGUCACCGGCAAGAUUGGGUAGACAGCGGCUGCCCUGAAGAGUCAAAAGAUAAGAUUUGUGAGAAAAAUAUAGGCUCAACUGAAGCACCUCCAUACUCCACCACCACCCUUCUGCCAACCACCACAAAGUUCAGAGUUUUAACAACCACCAAAGGAUCCACCCCUUCCCACCUGCCAACUAGCCUGCCCACAGAAGAUGACACCAAGAUAGCACUGCACUUAAAAGAUAAUGGAGCUUCCACAGAUGACAGUGCGGCAGAGAAGAAAGGUGGAACGCUUCAUGCUGGCUUAAUUGUUGGCAUUCUAGUCCUGGUCCUCAUUGUGGCUGCAGCCGUCCUCGUGACUGUCUAUAUGUAUCAUCAUCCAACGUCAGCAGCUAGUCUCUUCUUUAUAGAGCGACGUCCAAGCAGAUGGCCAGCAAUGAAAUUCAGAAGAGGAUCUGGACAUCCUGCCUAUGCUGAAGUGGAACCAGUUGGAGAAAAAGAAGGGUUCAUCGUAUCAGAGCAGUGCUAAAAUUUCUAGGACAGAACACCAGUACUGGCCUACAGGUGUAAGACAUUUACUUUGCCUCUCUUUAAAGAAAAGGAGCCCUAAGCUGCUGUAGUCUGAUAGAAAGAAGAUUUUGGAUAAGCUUUGUCCAAGAAGAAAAACUAUCUAAGGUACCAGAUUACCACUGCACAAUAGUUUUUGUUAGUGGACUGAGACACAAUGGUUCAUGCAGAACACUUGUCAGUGGACACUGACGGUAUCAGAAUUAUGGCACAAGUGCCAUGUUAUUGGCUUUAGGUAUGGGGAUGCACAGUAGUCAAAAAUAUAAUAAAGCUUUGGUGCACAAGGG